AUGGGAAACUCGUCAAGGAAGGAAGCUGAGGAGGAAGGUGGGGAGGAGGAAGAAGAAGGUGACGGGGCGGCGGUGGAGGAGGGGGAGGCGACAGAGAAAAAGAAAGAGGAGGAGGAGGAGGAGGAUGAACUCCCACUGGGGGUUGAGGAGCUGCUGGCCAGUGGAGACCCGGUGCUGGACCUAAGUUACCGAAAGCUUCGUCGGCUGCCGUCCCGCGUCUGCAGCCUGGAGUACCUGGAGAAACUGUACGUGUGCGGCAACCGCCUGCGCAGGCUGCCCUCUGGGGUGGCCCGGCUGCAGGUCCUCCGCACCCUGGCGCUGGACUUCAACAAGCUGGAUGACGUGCCGCCGGCUGCGUGCCAGCUGGCCAAUCUGACCCGCCUGUACUUGGGCAGCAACCGACUCAUGAGUCUGCCGUCAGAACUACGCAACCUACAGAACCUGCGCUGCCUUUGGGUCGAGAGCAACUACUUCCAGCGUUUCCCCCGCCUGCUCUAUGAGCUGCCCCACCUACGCUCUCUGCAAUUUGGGGACAACCGGCUGCGCAGCCUUCCGUCUGACUUGUGGCGCAUGGAGGCUCUGCGGGGCCUCUGGCUCUAUGGCAACCGUUUCCGAGAGUUUCCCCGUGCGCUGCUGCGCAUGGAGAGCCUGGAGAUCCUGGACCUCGACCGGAACCAGAUCUCCAGUUUUCCAAACCUGGCCCACCUGCCAGGCCUUCGCCUUUUCUCCUACGACCACAACCCUGUCAAGGGACCCCCCAAAGUCGGGGAGGAGGUGGAGCUCGUGGGGGAGGGAGCGCAGGAGGCAAUGGAGACUCGGGCCAGGCGUAAGGAAGCGCGGCGGAGGGCUGCCGAGAAGGAAGCUGAGGAGGAAGCGGCGGCAGCGUCAGCUGCAGGAGGGUCAGGAGAGGAGCCGGUUAUCCAUGGCAUCCUAAAGCACAGCAGCUCCGCCCCAUCCCAUCGGCCCAAUGGGGUUGCUGAAGGGGUGCUGGAGGCGGAGGCUCAGGAGGAAGGAAAGCGGGAACAGGGAGACGAGGACAGGAUUGUGGUGGAAUAUGAUGAAGCAGAGUUAGAGUAUGACGAGGGGGGGUUAGAGUAUGAGCAAGAGGAUCUGGUAUAUGAAGGGAAAGGCUAUGAAUAUGAGGCGGCAGAGCUGGAGUAUGACGGAGAUGAAGUGAACUAUGAGUACAGUGAUGAGGGUGAGGAGCCAGAGGAACCAGAAAGGCACAGGAAAGGGACAUAAUACUUCACUUUUUCGUCCUGUGUUGCUUUGUAGCACUCGCCCAGGGGAUUAGCCAGGGGAGAAUGAAACCCAAUGCCUGGAUGUCAUCAGAUGAACGAACCAUCAGAUGAGGACAAAUGUAAUGCCCAGCAACAAUUAUUGCGUUAUUGUUUCCUGUCUGCUUGGUUCUGGAGUAUGGUGCCAUUGGCACGUGACGGUGGACAUGACUUCCUCUGGAAGUGCGCCUAAAUCCAGGGUGCUCUAUCCAUGUGCCCAGGAGGCUCAGUGUACUGUGCCUGCAAUAUGUGAAGAAGAGUAAACCA